UCCACAAUCAAGCUUUGUGUGAGAAGAGCAUAGACGUCAAUUCUGAAAGGACGUUUGCAACAGCGUGGAGUGAAACAUAACUUAUUUUCAACAUUGCAAAGGAAUUACAUCUUCGCAAAGAAAGAACAGACCGACGGACGAGGAUCUCCUGCUGCUACAGUCAGCCCCUCCAACACCAACUUCAGUCCAGAGGGUGUGAAGACAUUCAGGCAACAUGGACGGAUUUUACGACCAGCAAGUCCCUUUCAUGUCCCCCCCUAGUAAUUCUCACAUGGAAGAACCAGCGAACGCGCCAUUCAACGACCGGAAGAGAAAGUUUGUGGACACCGAGCUUGCCCAGGACACAGAAGAUCUCUUUCAAGACCUCUUGCAACUUCAAGAGGCAUGGAUUGCAGAAGCUCAGGUGCCUGAUGAUGAACAGUUUGUCCCAGAUUUCCAGUCGGAUAACCUAAUGUUCCAUGGUCCUCCAGCCAGUAAAGUGAAGCGAGAGUCCAGCCCCUCCAGAGAUCUGUCCCCCUGCAGUCAGGAACAACAGAGACCCACGCCCUACACAGACAAGGACCUUUACAGCAACAGUGCCUACAACAGGAAGCCACUCGGCAUCAAUACUUUAACCCCGCCCGCCUCGCCCUGCAGCCCCGCCCUGCAGAGGCAGAUCACGCCCCCUGUCCAUGCGACACACCCCGGCCACAGUCGUCCGACUCACGGGCACGCACUGUCCCCGAUCCCCUCCCACCACCGGACACUCCCGCCACACCCGAGCCAAAGCCAGCCUUUCGCCGUGCCCCGUCUACCUGUCAAUCACUCCGAUGCCUCCUAUAGCUCAGAACACAGGUUCCAGCGGCAGCUCUCUGAGCCAUGUCAGCCUUUCCCUCCGUCUGACGGUGCCUCCUGUACCCCCUACCCCCUCAGCCCCAUCACCCCCCACCGCGCCCCCCUGUCCCGGUACGGCCGCCCCCUCUACCAGCGGCACCUGUCAGAGCCCUUGGUCCUCCUCCCUGCUCAGGGCUUCAAGCAGGAGCUGGUCGACCUCCGCUACACCGAGCACGGGGUCCCCACCAUGGGCCAUCCCCGCACCCCGUUCCAGGGCCUCUCUAUCAAGCAGGAGCCCCGGGAUUUCUGCUUUGAACAAGAAAUGCAGAACUGCCAGUCUUCUUUCGGGAAGUCCGGUAACUUCUACCAAAACAAUGAUGGGUUGGUCUACGACGGUGAGCCUCAUCUGUACAACGACGACACGUGCGUGGUUCCAGAGAGACUAGAAGGCAAGAUCAAGCAGGAGGCCGGAGUGUUCCGUGACGGACCGCCUACCAGCGCCCGAGGUUCCCUGCAGCUCUGGCAGUUCCUGGUCACUCUGCUGGACGACCCGGCCAACGGUCACUUCAUCUCCUGGACCGGCCGCGGCAUGGAGUUCAAACUCAUCGAGCCCGAAGAGGUGGCUCGGCGCUGGGGCCUCCAGAAGAACCGGCCUGCCAUGAACUACGACAAGCUGAGCCGCUCUCUACGCUAUUACUAUGAGAAGGGCAUCAUGCAGAAGGUGGCUGGAGAGAGGUACGUGUACAAGUUUACGUGUGACCCCGAGGCGCUCUUCUCCAUGGCCUUCCCUGACAACCAGAGGCCCAGCCUGAAGCAGGACCCGGACAUCCUGCCCCCGUCUGGGGGGGAGGAGGACACCACCGUGCCCCUGGCCCACUACGAGGAUGGCUGUGGCCCCUACCUGGCUGACGGAGGGGAGCGGUGCGUCUCGUUACUGGGCUUCCCCGAUAACUACUCAUUCUGAGUGUUCUGACCAAUGACUGAAUAAAGACAGUUGUCAUCUGGUACCCUGCCACACCCCUACCUUACCCAAACUCUUGUCCACUAACUACACACCACUACCCUACCCCUCGUCCCCUAACUACACACCCCUACCCCUAGUCCCCUAACUACACACCCCGACCCCAAACCCUAGUCCCCUAACUACACACCCCUACCCCUAGUCCCCUAACUACAUACCCAGAGCCCAAGCUGCUGAGCGGAUUUGGAGCUCUCUAACCCCCCUCCCCUACUCCUAUCCCAAACUCAGCCCCUCUUGCCAGUCUUGAGAUUACCCUCCCCAAGUCCCAAGGAAAAAACAGUGGGAACCUGAGACGGCCAUCUUGCUUCUUCUUUACCCUCUGUUAUCAAACUGACUUGUGGCGGUCCACAUCCUCAUCAACAUAAACUGAACUGAGCCAUGCAGUUUCCACAAUCUGCUAGGUAGGAGUGUGACAAAGACAAUGUGACGAGGCUAUAAAACAUUGCCCUUUGAUAUAGCAAUCGUCUUAUGGCUCGAUCCCAAAUAAACAAACAGUAGUACACUCGACACGCGCACAGGGGCUUCACCUUGGAGAGAAACUACGACUCCAAUUAACCUUAGUACCACUGGUGAUUAUGUAAUGUAACCUUGUAUGCAAUGAAUGGGCCAAACACACAGGCACCCGACUGUUCUUAUUCAUCCAUAAUACAUUGUGCGACUCUUAAGAAGCUGGGACAAGAGUACCCCUGAGCAAGUUGCGUUGGCUGGCAUGCCCACUCAUAAAAACACCAACACACUGAAAUCCAAUCUGAAAUGGGAGAGGUGGACUCAGGACUGUACUCGCUAGCUCAGCUUUCUAUUCAUAUUUCUGACUCUGGGAAUUGUUUUUCUCUCACCAAAAACGUAAAA